UUGUGCAGCUCAGCUCCGCUGUGAUCUGCAGGUCACAGAGCAUCAGGUCGCACUCAGGAGAGGCUGGAGGUCAUAUUAUCGUCUGGUUAUGACUGAAUGAUGAUAUUUGCUCAUACUACGGAUGGCGUCUUUACACACACUGAAGUGAAAGAGGACAUUCACUUACUUUACACUUUAUUCAUUUACUUGCUCACUAACAUCUACGAAGAAACCGGACGUCACUUCAGCAUGCUCUGAAGAAGGCUACAGACUGCAAGUUUUUCUGUCAGGUGUCCUUUGGGGUGGAUUGUUUAUAAUUGAUCAGUUCUACACAUAAGGAGCUGCAGAUAGAUCUGUGGGUGAGAGGGACAGGUAGAACUGUGGGUGAGAGGGACAGGUAGAACUGCAGACAGAGUGACAGAUAAAGCUGUGGGUGAGAGGGACAGGUAGAGCUGUGGGUGAGAGGGACAGAUAAAGCUGUGGGUGAGAGGGACAGGUGUGGGCAACAAGUAGAGCUGCAGAGAGCAACAGGUACAGCUGUGGAGAGAGCGACAAGUAGAAUUGCAGACAGAGCAACUGGUAGAACUCAAGAAAGAGCGACAGGUAGAGCACCAGGUACAUCUGCGGAGAGAAACAGGCUAGAGCGACAGGUAGAGCACCAGGUACAUCUGCGGAGAGAAACAGGCUAGAGCGACAGGUAGAGCACCAGGUACAGCUGAAGAUAGAGAGACAGGUAGAGCACCAGGUACAGCUGAAGAUAGAGAGAUAGGUAGAGCACCAGGUACAGCUGCGGAGAAAGACAGGUUAGAGCGACAGGUACAGCGGUGGAGAGAGACAGGUAGAGCACCACGUACAGCUGCGGAGAGAGACAGGUAGAGCACCAGGUACAGCUGAAGAGAGAGAGACAGGUAGAGCACCAGGUACAGCUGCGGAGAAAGACAGGUUAGAGGGACAGGUACAGCGGUGGAGAGAGACAGGUAGAGCACCACGUACAGCUGCGGAGAGAGACAGGUAGAGCACCAGGUACAGCUGAAGAGAGAGAGACAGGUAGAGCACCAGGUACAGCUGCGGAGAAAGACAGGUUAGAGGGACAGGUACAGCGGUGGAGAGAGACAGGUAGAGCACCAGGUACAGCUGCAGAGAGAGACAGGAUAGAGCGACAGGUACAGCUGUGGACAGAGACAGGUUAGAACGACAGGUACAGCUGCGGAGAGAGACAGGUUAGAGCGACAGGUACAGCUGCAGAGAGAGACAGAAUAGAGCGACAGGUACAGCUGCGGACAGAUACAGGUUAGAGCGACAGGUACAGCUGCAGAGAGAGACAGGAUAGAGCGACAGGUACAGCUGCGGACAGAGACAGGUUAGAGCGACAGGUACAGCUGCGGAGAGAGACAGGUUAGCGCGACAGGUACAGCUGCGGAGAGAGACAGAAUAGAGCGACAGGUACAGCUGCGGACAGAGACAGGUUAGAGCGACAGGUACAGCUGCGGAGAGAGACAGGUUAGAGCGACAGGUACAGCUGCGGACAGAGACAGGUUAGAGCGACAGGUACAGCUGCGGAGAGAGACAGGUUAGAGCGACAGGUACAGCUGCGGACAGAGACAGGUUAGAGAGACAGGUACAGCUGCGGAGAGAGCAACAGGAGCUGCAGGUGUUUGUGUACUGAUCAGGGACCUGUGACGUACAGCAUGUCUGACAGUGGUGACAGAGCAGAUACCGACGUGAUGAAACACUGUCCUCAGGUGUUUGUGGUAGACUCUCAGGCACAGGGUCCUCACCCCCCUCGUCAGGUGCCUGUCAGGCUGGAAGUCCAGCGACUGUCUCUGAUCUACCUGCUGCUAGCUGUGGCUCUGCUGAGCAUCUUCAUCGAGGCAGGGCUUAUCUAUCAUCUCUACAACAGGCCUGUGGUGUCGACAGAUAGUCAACAAACCGCAAGUAGAAAAGGAGAGAAAAAAUCCAUUCCCAGCAGUUCUCUUGAUUUUAAUGAUAAUUUACCUGGAAAAAUCCCUAAAGUGGAGAAGCCCGCAGCAUUUCUGCUAGGUAUUUCCCAUGUGACCGGAGGCAGUGACAGGCUUCAAUGGAGAUUGGACAGCUUUCCAGGGUUUUUGAGGAGCCUGAGUUUGAGAAACAACAGUCUUUAUUUUCAGCAGGAGGGAUAUUAUUUCAUCUUUUCCAAAAUUUCCCACAUGGAGAACUGCAGUUUCUUCAGACAUCAGCUCAUGCACUGUUCAGAGAGAUACAGCAACCAUCCCAUUGAGCUCAUGCAAAACUCCAGGUAUCUCUGCAACUCCCAGAAAACUCAGUCGGACAACAGUUAUUUGGGCGGGGUCUUCCACCUGAAUAAAGGCGACAGUGUGUUUGUUCGGGUGAAUAACAGCUCGCAGGUGCACAUCAGCAACAACGAGAACUACUUUGGUGCCUUCAUGAUCUAAUCGCUCACAAAACAUUUACAAAAAUACAUGUACCCGUACACACAAACACACACACACACACACACACACACACAAACACACACACACACGUGCACACACACACACACACACACACACACACACACACACACACACACACACACACACACACACACACGUGCACACACACACACACAC